AAACUGUGCAACAAGUCAAUUAAAGUUUUGGAUUUGGUAUUUUGAUGUUUGAGUAUAAAACCACCGCUUAAGCGUAUACAAUUAACUACUUGUUAGUCUUAAGAAUAAUUUCCCAGCCAUUUAUUGUGUAUAAAAUUUGAUCCGAUCCUCACUUGGAUGUUGGCCAGUGUAAUUCAUCCGCUAUCAUUGCAAGCCACUUAAAUUGGAAAUAAAACGCCCGCAAAAUCGUUUCGGCUCUGACCUUUGAGCUGGAACAACGUCUGGAUUCGUAAGCGCUAUCUAUGAAUCAGCCGAUAGAACCAUAACACUAUGCAAAUCUCCGGGAAGAGAGGACUACGAAGUGGAGGCCCCUAUCGGGAAUCGAUAAGCAAUCGGCGGUGCUGAUACUACAAAAAUACAAAAUACUUAGCUCACUUAAUUGCUGCCCGUCGGCUGGGUGAAGUUUCAGUUCCAUUUAGCGAUCCACCAUGAAUUUCCUGCUGCGCUUCGUGGUCUUCUGCCUGGAUCCCUUGGGACUGGGACGCCGCUUCUUCAUCCGCCCGGCCUUGAAUCUCGGUUGGAACGUGUACGAUCGCGUCCGGAGCAAGGCGGACGAGAAAGUGGGCACGGUGCGGGAACUGGUCCUCCGGUUGGGCCUCAUCGCCUUCGCCGUGGUGCUCAUUAUAUGGCUGGCGGUCUUUAUGUACGCCGCCUUCUACUACGUCUACAUGCCGGCAAUAUCACACACACGCCCCGUUCACAUGCAGUUCAAAACCUGUUUAGAAACCAGCACGCCCUGCACCUUUCCCCAUGCCCACGUCUCGCUGACGAAGAAGCAACAGCUCCUGAUGGUUGGCCAGGCUUAUAAGGUGAUCGUGAACAUCGACAUGCCGGAAUCUCCCCAGAAUCUGGAACUAGGUAUGUUCAUGGUGUGCGCCGAGAUGAGGGACUACGAUUCGAUGCUGAGGGGUCACUCCUGUCGCUCUGCAAUGAUGCGUUAUCGAUCGCCACUGAUCCGCAUGAUCUCCACUUGGGCGUUGAGUCCGCUUUAUGUGCUGGGCUGGAAGGAGGAAUUUCAGCAAGUCCCAAUAGAGAUAUUUUCACGGUAUCUGGAGGAACGGCAGCAUCCCAUUACGGAUGUCUAUGUGGAGAUACAAUCUCAAAAGAUCCAGUUCUAUACGGUGACACUGCAUAUAGUGGCCGAUUUUACCGGUCUGCGGUACAUCAUGUUCAACUGGCCCGUGCUUUCGGCCAUAGUGGCCAUUAGCACCAAUCUAUUCUUUAUACUGGUCAUCUUUCUGCUCAGCUGGUACCACUGGUCCGACGCAAGCUGGCUGCAAAGCAAGUACUACCGGAUCACGAAGUCGCUUGAACCCCGCGUAGGCCUCUUCAAAGCGAGCAGCCUGCGCGAUGAGGAUGACUUUGUUGCUUAUGGUGAUAAGUCCGAUAUUGCGGAAGUCGGCGGUGAUACACUGAGCGAUGCUGAUGCCGAUGAUCUGGUCUUGGUUAAGAAAUCUGGCAGUGGCAAACCGGACUCCCAGGACGCACUGCGUAAGCGUCGUCCGAAGAAGACCACCGCGGACCACUAAGAUAAGGGGGGAUGGGGAAGGGGAAAGGGGGGCUGAGAUAAAAGAAGGACCACCAUUUACCACCGAAGCCGAGACCACCGCUUAUGCGACGCUUGAGCCAAAGACAAAAUCGAUUGUAGGACUAGGUUAGUUAACACAGCUGCCAAAUGAAGUAUUCCGGCGGAUUUAUCCAUUAAUGUUCUGUUUGACCUUUAAGCAGCCCUAUCGGUAUAACAUUAGUUAAUUUAAGUGAUGGAUCUUUUGUAUGAUUAGAAAUUACAGGUGUUAUUUCCUUUCCCUUUGCUA